AGCCCGGGCCGGGCCGCUCCGCCGGGAGCCCUCGCCCCGGGGAGGGGCACCGCAGGCGCCCCGGCCGCGCCCCAGGCGCCUCUCCGCCCGCGUUUUCCCGCGCCGCGGCACUGGGCCCGGCCUCGGUGCCAGGCCGCCCCUGCGACCCCCGGCCCCCUCCCCCGUCUCCAUGGCCCCCGGCCCCUAGGCGCGGGGCUCCGGGCAGCGGCGAGCAUGGUGGGCGUCCUGACCGUGGCGGCGGCGGCGGCGGGAGACUACGACAGGAAGGCAUGCAAAAAGCAAAAGAAAGAUGAUGACACACUUUCCUGCAAAACAAUUAGGAAAUAUUUAUCACCAGUAGGGAAGUCUGGGGACAGGAUUUUCUCUUCACCCAAACCCAGUAAUAUUUUGGAUUAUUUUAGAAAGUCUUCCCCUACAAAUGAACAGACUCGAUCAGCAAAAGAGUGCAAAAUAAAUACACACAUACCAUUGCCGGCUCACAGAGGCAAAGAUUUGAAAACACCUUUGGAAAUGUUCUCAAAUACAGAGUUUAAGAGGAGAAGAAAAAGAGUUCAUCAGCGAAAUGAUAUUCAACCUAAAAAUGAAUUGCCAAUUGAAAUUAUCAGCGAUGAUAGCACGGAAGGUAGUUUAAAUCCUGACUUUGUGGAAAGUAGUACUUCAGUGUGCCUGUACAACAAGCAUGUAGAAGAACUUGCAGAAUAUGUUGCAGAUAUCCCAAACCAGUCAAGCACUUCAACCUCCAGAAGUUCUGAGAGUGUCAAUCCUACAGAAAGGACCACAAAAAGUGCUUGCAAAAAAUUGAGAAAAAGAAAGCACAAGGAUGUAAUAGAGCUAUCUGAAAGUUUCCUCGGGGCAGAGGGACUCUGUCUUAAAAAAAAUGGUGAAGAGAGUGAACAGAGAAGGCUUUCCCCGACUAAGGAAAUUGACAGCACUGAAAAUUAUCUAAACUCUGGUGAUACCGUCACUGAAACGCCCCAAUUCAAUGAGAGGACCAUAACUGUUUCCUAUGAAGAAUUUUUAAAGAGUCACACAGAAAUGCAAGAACAUAUACCAGAUUCUACAGUGUCAACUUGUAUCCACUCUGAUGCCAUUGAAGAGGCAGUCAAAGGUGGUUGUACAGAUGACAGGGAAGCCUGUGAAAUUUCCCAGCAAGUAUGCUCUAAGAUAGUAACUGUUCUUGCACAAGUUCACCCUGUUCCUCCCAAAAAGACAGGGAAAAUACCUGCAAUUUUCUUGAAACAAAAGCAGCUGGAAAUGGAAACUAGUCUGUCCGAUCCUGAGAAUGAACAGACAGUUCAGAAACGGAAAUCUAAUGUGGUUAUCCGGGAGGAAGAAUUAGAAUUGGCAGUAUUGGAAGCUGGAAGUUCUGAAGCUGUGAAACCAAAGUGCACUCUAGAGGAGAGACAGCAGUUUAUGAAGGCAUUCAGGCAGCCAGGUUCAGAUGCCUUUAAAAAUGGAGGUAAAAAGACCGAUAAGCAGAGAGAACUCAAUGAAAAAUCUUCAAGUGAGGACGGAGGGGACCAUAAUUCUAAAAUAAUUAUGGAAAAUCCCAAUGUACCUUCAAAUAAUGACAGUUCACAGUCAUACUCUGAUAAAGGAAGUUUUUGUAAAGAGAAGAGUAAAACACUGAAGAAAAAGAAUAAGAAAAUGUUUAAUAGUACUACUGCUCUGGGUGAAAAUAGAGAGGAAGAACCUCAAAAGAAAGAAACAACUUUUUUCUUUAAAGAUGAGCAAAAUCAAAAUAGGCUUAGAAUGAAUUUAAGAAAAAAGAAAACAGAAGUUUCCCGAAACAGCGAAAGUCUUGGUGAAGACAAAGCAAAUGAUAAACCUUUGAAGAUGAUUGCUCUCUGCAGCAGUAGAUCUUUAAGAAGAACCAGCACACCGGUUAAGGAUCAGACUGUACAUUCUGAAGUUCAAGCUGAAGACAGUUUGGUAAAUUAUUCCACUCCCAAAUCAACCAGAAGAAGAUCUCUGAGAAGUAGCAACGUAUCUGCAGUUCUUGGAGGUUCUGAAGAUGAACAAGAUGAUAGUCCUGUGAAGGCUUCCACUCCCAAGGCAGCCAGCUUAUCAGAAAAGCACAGCCUAUAUACAGCAGAACUAAUAAUGGUGUCCUCUGACUCAGAGAGCCCUAUUAGAAUGAAAUUUACCAGAAUUAGUACUCCAAAAAAAUCUAAGAAAAGAUCCAAGAAAUCUGAAGCAACAGAUGGAGAUUUCACUUCUCAGACUAGAAAGGUACGCCUGGCUUCAAAAAAUGCAUCAAAAGCAAAACAACUGAUUGAAAAAGCAAAAGCUUUACACAGUAAUAGGUCAAAAGCUGCUGAAGAAAUAGUGACACCCUUAAGGCGUUCGUCUAGACAUCAAAUGCUUCCUGAAAGGAAGAAAUCAUCAGAAACAGAUGACUCUGUAAUAAUAAUAGAGUCAAGUCCUACUUCUUUAAAGCAUCCUGAGGAAAAUAAGAAGAAACUUCAGAAUCUGAAUGAUGUGCUAGGAAAAAGACCUAAGGGUCCUGAAAGUAUCCCUGGAAAAAUGAAAGUUGCUCCUUUAUUUGUAACCAGGAAGUCUCAAAAAACAGCUGAUCCUGUUCUUGGUUUUGAUGAAAACAGUCAAGAUACAUCUGAAAAAUCUCAGGAUUGUGACAUGCAGUUCAAAGCAAAGCGUGAGUUUCUGAUGAGUGGUCUGCCAGAUUUGUUGAAACGACAAAUCGCAAAGAAAGCAGCUGCAUUAGAUGUGUAUGAAGCUGCAAGUACCAGUUUCCAGAGAGUCGUUCAUGUUCAACAGAAAGAAGAUGGAUGUCAUUUGUGGCAUUUGAAAUCGCCCACUUGUCCUCUCUUAACUAAACUUAAGGAACAGAAUACAAAAAUAAUGGAUAUCUCAAAAUGUGUUAUGGCUCUUGGUGAAUUUUCAACAUUGAAUUCAAAUUCAAAAAUAAAGAAAUCUGCUAUUGAGUUAAUGGGGAGAAGGAAAGACUUAACUGAAGAAAUUAGAAAUCUUUUGCUGGAAGAAAUUCGGUGGUCAAAUCCUGAAUUUCCUUUGAAGAAAUAUUUUUCUUUGCUAUUGAAAAAAAGGGCUGAGCAUCAGGCACUUCCUGAGAUUCAUCUUAAACAAGAGAGUUCACAUCUAGAGGCUGAUGUCAAAAAAAAAGAAACUAAAAGAAAAAGAGUGGGAACCGAAUGUCAUAAGUCAAAAAGAAAGAAACCAAAUGAGUGUUCAGAAAGUCCAAAAAUGGUGAACGGGAACUCAGAAGAACUUGACAAAAGAAGCUUUUCUGCUGGGACAAAGCUUGAUUCUUCCAAAGAUCUAUCCUCUAAAACAUCCAGGAAGAAGCAGUCGGCUUUGAACACAACAUGUAAAGAGGAAACAGAAGCAGUGGAAGAUCCUGAUAUUCUGAUAAUAGAUGAUGAAGACUCUAUCUCAGAAGUAUCUUUUGUUUCUGAUUCUGGACCUGAAGAUAUCCUUUGGACCGAAAAAUAUCAACCUCAGAAUGCCAGUGAACUCAUAGGAAAUGAGCUAGCUAUAAAAAAGUUACACAGUUGGCUGAAGGACUGGAAAAGAAGAGCUGAAUUGGAAGAAAGACAAAAUUUGAAGGGAAGAAGGGAGGAAAAACAGGAAGAUCUGUUCGAUGUGGAUUUUAAAGGCAGCUCGGAUGACGAAGACACCCGCCUCUGCAACACUGUGCUUAUAACAGGGCCGACUGGGGUGGGGAAGACAGCUGCCGUGUACGCAUGUGCUCAGGAGCUGGGAUUCAAGAUAUUUGAAGUGAAUGCUUCUUCUCAGCGCAAUGGCAGGCAAAUUCUGUCUCAACUGAAGGAAGCUACCCAGUCCCAUCAAGUGGACAAACAAGGUGUCAACUCACAAAAACCUUGUAUUUUUAAUAACUACAACCCAGGCAAGUCACCAAAAAAAUUAAACUCUCCUCGGAAAGUUGUUACCUCACCAAGGAAACUUCCUCCAUCAUCACCAAAAAGUACUGGAGCAAAGCGAGCGCUUCCCAAAACUUUGGCAAAUUAUUUUAAAGUGUCUUCCAAGACGAAAAAUAAUGAAGUACUUCUGGAAAAAAAUAAAGGAAUCACAAAUUCUUUUGAACAGAAACAAAUUUUUCAGAGUGGUUCUACAAACACAACAAACUCAAAUGUCAAAGAAUUUGGAGCAGAGGAACUCAACAGGAAAAAUGCCACAUCUCUUAUUCUUUUUGAGGAGGUUGAUGUCAUUUUUGAAGAAGAUGCUGGGUUUUUGAAUGCAAUCAAGACAUUCAUGGCAACCACUAAGAGACCUGUAAUCCUUACUACAAGUGAUCCAACAUUUAAAUUAAUGUUUGAUGGCUAUUUUGAAGAAAUUAAUUUCAGUACUCCUUCAUUGCUUAAUGUUGCCAGCUACCUACAGAUGAUCUGCUUGACUGAAAAUUUUAGAACAGAUAUAAAAGACUUUGUUACAUUUUUAACUGCAAAUACUUGUGAUAUAAGAAAAAGUAUCCUCUACCUCCAAUUCUGGAUCAGAAGUGGAGGUGGAUUUUUCGAAGAAAGGCCACUAUUCCUUUGUCGAGAAAAUACAAACGGACAGCUUGUUUGCUCCAACGAUGACCCUUUUUCUAAAAAUAACCUUAAAAGUAGUCAGAGGACUCCUUCCGACCUUCCUAAAUGUGCCACUGGCUGUGCUGAGACCGUGUUUGGCCUGAAGAACAUCUUUUCCCCGUCUGAAGACUUGUUUUCAUUUUUAAAGUGCACAAUUAGAACAAAGGAAGAUUGGCAUAAGCUCAUCCAGCUUCUUACAGAAUUCCAAAUGCAGAAAGUAGAUUUCUUACAUAGUAAUCUUGAGUUCAUUCUACCUUUACCUGUUGGUAUCAUUCCUGAAUUGGAAAACCUUUCUGGUCCUUCAGUAAACGUGGCUACCAGUGCAGCAACGAAUAGUUCGAAAUGUCUUGCAAGGAAGCAUACUGAAGGGGGACAGCCAUCGAAAAAACCUCAGAAGAAGAAACAUAAGAAAAGGAUCAUAACUUUGGACGAUAGUGACUUAUUUGACACAGGAUUGGAUUUUUCUGAUGAAUUGAGCAGCAUAGCCCCUGCCUGCAAUUCAGAACAGAGUGAAGCCCAAGACAAGGAAAGCAAUCCAGAGACAAAGACACUGGACACAUGUUUAGAGUUGAAGAUGGAAUCGCUUCCUUGUCCUCCUAAAACAGCGGCAGAAAAAGGAAGUUCUGCCCUUGUCUCGAACUGUUUAAAUUCUCUCACUGAGUUCAUGGAUAAUAUGUCCUUCUUAGAUGCCCUUUUGACUGAUGUAAGGGAACAGAAGGAAUUUGGUAAAGAUGACUUUAGCUGGACAAAUGGAAAGGUUAAAAGUGGCCUUUGUGAUGAGUGCAGGCUUGAGAAAAAUGAUGGGUGGACUUCUCAAAGCUCUGGGGAAUUAAAAGCAGCUGUAGAAGCUCUCAGCUUUACCAAAUGUUCUUCUACCCUUUCAAAAGCAUUGGAAACCUUGAAUGCUUGCAAGAAAUUAGGAAGUGAUCCAACUGAAGACCUUACAAGUUAUGUUUCUCAAAAGCGCAACAAUGUGUAUUUCAGCCAUUCAGCAGCUAAUUUAGACAACGCUUGGAAGAGGGUAGCUGUCAUUAAAAGUGUAUUUUCUAGCCGAUCUCUUCUGAACCUGAGUAAUAGACAAGCUAGUAUAAUUGACUAUUUGCCAACUCUUCGAAACAUAUGUCAAACUGAGAAGCUAAAAGAACAAGGCAAAAGUAAAAGAAGGUUUCUGCACUACCUUGAAGGAAUUCAUCUCAACAUUUCAAAAGAGACUUUGAAUACCCUGGCAGCUGGCUUUCCUUAAUAAUUUUACAUUAAUAAUGCCUUGUACAGAUUAUUAUGUGUUUUAUACAUUUUUGUAUUGAUUUUCAUGGGGGAAUUUUAAUUUCUCAAUGUACAUUUAAAACAGACUAUUUUUAUUAGUAUGCAAGUAUUUAAAUGAAAAAUUUGAAUUACAUAUUGUAUUUAUAAUUGUGUUUUAGUAUUGUUUUUUUGUUUUGUUUUCUGAGUUUUUACUAUGGUCUGAUUUAACAUUGCUGGAGUAUUUUUGUAUGUCGAGUGAGCUGAUUCUAGAAAGUGUUCGUUAAGAUAUUUCUAAAGAUAUAUCUUAUCCUUAAGAUAUAUCUUUAGAAAUUGAUAUAUCAUGGAAACUUUUUAGAUAUAUCAUGGAAACUUUAGUUUCCAUGCUAAAGUAACUCAUAAUUUCCCUUUUUUCCUGCUUUCUUUAAUCUACUUCUCUCCAGUCAAGGUUUAGUACCAUCAAGUUGUAAACACGAAUCACCGAGGCAAGAAUUUUCAGUAAUAAUUUUUUUUUUAGUGGGGUGCGAGGCACACACAAUCAUGCUCAGGAGUUACUCUUGGCUCUGCACUCAGGAAUUAUUCCUGGUGGUGCUCAGGGGACCAUAAGGUAUGCCAGGGAUCAAACCCAAUCAGCCACAUGGAGGGCAAAUGCCCUAUCCACUAUAUUAUUGUUCCAGCCCCUCCUUAAUAUAUUUUUAUAGUAUAAAAUACAAAGUGCAUAUAUGAUACAUAGGAAAACUGACUUGUAAGUAAAUUAUGCUUAAUUUUAAAAAAAAUCAUCCUGGGCUGGAGAGAUAAUACAGGGACUCAUUCAGGUGCUUGUCUUGCCUGCUGCUGACUAGUUUCAUCCCCAGUGACACUUAUGCUCCCCUGAGCAUUUCCAGGGGUCACACCUAAGCAAAACGCCAGGAAUAGCCCUUAAGUACUGCCAAGAGUGGCCCAGACCCUUCCCUUGCUCCCUGAAAGUAAGUUUGUCUGAUAAGAUUUUUUUCUUGUACUUCCCAGCAUAUAUUGCCAUUGAUUUUGUUGACAAAAUGAAAUUGAAAUUAUGAAUUGUAUAUUUUUAUCAACUGUUUUAGCCACUAUAUGUAUCAUGUAUAUUUUGCCAACUCCAAUGAGCUGUCUUGUAGAGCUGUCCUGUAUAUUUCUCUUGAAUUUUCAUAUCAUUAAUAUUUUAUUUCAUAAAGAUAUUGAUGAUAUUAAUAUAUCCAUUUUGACAAACCGCCAUUCAUUAAGAGGAAUUCUAAUCUAGGGUUUCUAAGUAAUAGCUUUUUCCACUUAAGAUUUUGGGUUUGGAGAAAACGUAUAUUUUUAGUCAUAAUGUUUUAAAACAGGUUUCACUUAACAUCAUUUUUAAUCAGUUAAUUAAGUCUAUCAAAAUUAUUUCCUAUUUCAAGAUUUUUAUAUAUUAAUUUAAUAUUCUGUUCCAUUAUCUGGUGAAUUUUAAUUUCAACUCCAAAGGUAAGGAUCCUAACUUUGUACAGCUGAAAAUAUAUAUGUAUAUAAAUGUAUAUGAAGAUAUUAACUCUUAUUUGUUCAAACUUUUCUCGUACUGAUUUAAUUAAAGGCUAAAGUGUAAAGGUU